ACAACACAUUGCAAUAUUAAAAGUUACAAGAUGCAAUGUUGAUCUUGAUUAGUUUUUUUUCUUCUGUGCGAUAAUGGAAAUAAUGAGAUUGCGGUAAGGGGUCUGGACAAACGACGCGUACGGCACUGCGGGAGGCAUCGCUCGGAGCGCGCUGUCGUUCGGUGGAGUCUGCAAUAAACAAACUCCGAAAGAUCUCCAGGUAAAAAAGCGUACACGUCCGACACUCUCUCUCGCUGUAACUACGAUCACGAGGAGUCGCUCUGUCAACGGUCGAACGGUGUCGAGGACGAGCGCGUGAGCCGUGCGAGCGCUGUGGAAGCAGCCGUCGAAGCAACGCCGCGGAGAUGGGCAGCACGGACAAGGCCGUGAUCACGGGAUUCAUAUGCAGGCUUUGCAGUAAGAUGAACCGCUUCGUGAUCCACAUUUAUGGGGAGGAGGGCGAGAGAAUGAAGCUCGCUGAAAAGAUAAACACCUACCUGCCGAUCACGGUAAACAUGAAUGACCCGCUACCAAAGACUGCAUGUUUACAUUGCAUCGAACGAUUAGAGGCGCAUCACGAGUUAAUGGAACAAAUCAUGUUCACCAGGCGGAGAUUAAACACCGAUAAUAAGGCAACCGCGGUGGCAUCCUCCUCCGCGACAACCAUAGAAACAGCUCCGACGUCUAGCCCACCUCCCUGUUGACAUGUGCAAUGGAAAAUAAUAUAUUCUUUCACUCAAUGCGCCAUUCUCCAAGAUCAGAUGAUUCCCAUAUAAUUUCAUUUCAUUUAAACUGGUAGUCAGUAAGUAAAACAUGAAGAAAGGAAUGGAGGAUGAAAUAAAAAUAAUGUGACGUACAGCAUGUUCUGCGAGGAAACUGACAAACUUUUAAAAUGUGUUCUAAAGAUCAUUCCAAGCUAAAAAAUAUAGAUUAAUUUGGUUCAGUUAUUGAGCUAUAGAUAAUUUUAUUAAUACAAAGCAAAAAGUUCUUUAUACAUUUAUAAUUUUUAUUAAAUUUAAACAAAAUUAUUAUUUAAUCAGACGAAUCUUAAUCUUCUUCGCUAUUAUUUGCUCAAAAUUUCAAAAUAAAUAGAUAAAAAAAGUAGUUCUACAUCUUGCGAAGUACAAUUUUAUGGUACAACUACAUGUUUGCAAGCAAAGAAUGUAUGAUAAGAAGAAUAAUAUAUAGAAUAAUUCGCCUGAUAAAAUGAUAAAGAUUAUAAUAAGACUUUAUUUAAUGAAAGUUAUAAAUGUCUAGUAUUUUUCACCUGUCACAAUAUUAAUAACAUUAUCCAUAUUUUGAGAACGGAGCCGAUUUGACCUGUAGUAGCUAAACUUUUUAGCUUAGAAUGAUCUCUAUAAUAUUCCAAAAGUUCCCUUAUGGAGCACCCCGUAUUUUCAAUGUAACAUGAUACUUUCACAUUACAUAUUGCUCGUUUUAUAUUGCUCGUUUCAGACAAGUAUUCUUUGAUGGUAUUAAAGAAGUUUGAAAAUUGUUCAAUUCCAAUGGCCACUACUAUCUUCUGAGGGAACAAAAUGUUAAAGAUAUAGAGAAAGAAGUUCUCAAUAACACAAAGAAACAUUUCUUUACAUAAUUUUGUGCAGAGUGAUCCUUAAGUAUUCUAGAAGAUUUUGGAGUAAUUCUUCACAUUAAUUCAAGAAGAAAACUUUGUAUGGUCAUUCAUUUAUCCUUAAAUCAAUGUAAAGUCUUUAAAAUCUUUUAGAAUAUUUAAGGACCACUCUGUAAUGUUACAUACAGAACAACAUUGUGUAAAGAAAUAUAUUUUCAUGUGUCCAUUGCUUUCAAAAAUAUAAGGUAUCAAAAUUGCAGGAAAAGUUUCGAAAGGUGAGUUAUUUUGAUGUAAUUAUAUGUAACAAGAACAAGAAGAGCUUACAUCUUUUAAGGCUAAUUAUUUUUUUAUUCUAUCAAGAGUAGUCAAAAAUAAGCAGAUGCUUUUUUUUAUGAGAAACCGAUGUACCACUGAUUUUUUUCAAGUUUAAAACUUGUAUAUUAUAAAUGAGACAAAUUGGCAUCAAAACAUCUCUUUAUUAUUUUCAAUAUGAUAAGCUAUUUUCAGGAAAAAAAACUUUUUUCUUUCAACUUUGACUCCUGUAUUUUUUAAGCAAAAUCGUGCGGAUAAUCAUGUAUAGUUUUUGUCUUAAAUUAAUAAGAAAUCACUUAAAAUCUUAAGAAUACUUAAGAGUCACUCUGUAUACGUGGCGUUAAUUGAAUGAAUUUAAAUAAGAAUUUAUGUGUGGUCAUAAAAAAAUUGAGUUUUUUUCUUGCUGAUUCGUGAAUAAAUGAUUUACAAGAAA